GGUGCGGCCGCCUCUGGCCGAAUGACGCUCACAACUUUCAGCGGGACACCGAACGAUAUUUGAAUUUAGAAAACGUUCCAAUAUUAUUUUAAAAUUAAAAAUAAAUUCCAUGCAACAUAUCAAUUAGUUUGCAAGCGAUGAAUGUAAACUUUUUUGUAGUUUUAUAAAGUUUUAAUAGUUAGUGAUGUGCGUAAAGUGUUUUUCUUCGCGUUAAAGUAAAUAAGUAAUAUUAAAUAAUCGUUUUAUAAUAAAAAUUGAUCUCUAACAUUUAUUCCAAGUAGUCGAAAGUAGUUUUAGGUUAAUAUUAUAUUGAUAUUGAGAGGAAGUGUGCAAUCUGGGCAAAGUUUGUGAACUUUUGAUUUAUGAUGUGGACAUAAGCGUGUGGAGAAUUUCCAUGAUCAUAAUAUUUUUCGUCCGUUGAUGCUGAAAGAGGUCCCAACGAUGUACAGUUUAACCAACAGCACAACUUUGGACGAAAAUUCAACUGAUAGUGAAUACACUCCAUAUGUAGAACGACUGGAGACGUACUUGGUGCCAGUACUGUUCGCUAUCAUAUUCAUAGUUGGAGUAUUGGGGAAUGGUACUUUGGUCAUCGUUUACGUCAGACACAGAGGCAUGAGAAAUGCUCCUAACACAUACAUCUUCUCUUUGGCGUUAGCUGAUCUCCUGGUGAUCCUGAUCUGCGUUCCAUUCGUCUCCGUCAUCUACACCCUCGAGUCUUGGCCGUGGGGAGAGCUCAUCUGCAGAAUAUCCGAAGCUGCUAAGGAUGUGAGCAUUGGAGUGUCAGUGUUCACAUUAACAGCGCUGUCUGCUGAAAGAUAUUGUGCGAUUGUGAAUCCGUUCAGGAAGUUACAGCUCAGGAAGCUACCGCUGGUAUGCGCGACGUUCAUCUGGGCUGCAGCUCUGAUCUUCGCCACCCCUGCAGCUGUGUUCUCCAACAUAGUGACUGCUCACCUAGACAACAACAUCACCAUCGUCUAUUGCACGCCAUAUCCACCGGAAUGGGAGAACUACCCAAAAUGGAUGACGCUGGCAAAGGCAAUCAUCUACUACGGUCUACCGCUGGUGGUGAUCGCGUUGUUCUACUCGCUGAUGGCGCAGCGUCUCCUGGCGAGCACUAAGGAGAUGCCUGGUGCCCUGCACGGUGGACAGGGGGAGGCUCAGGCUAAGGCCAGGAAGUCCGUCGCUUGUAUGGUGCUCAUCUUCGUUAUUGUAUUCUUCGUCUGCUUCCUCCCGUACCAUGCGUUUGAAAUGUGGUUCCACCUGGCUCCAACUGCUCAGGCCGACUACAACGACUGGACCCAUGGUUUGAGGAUAGUGGGCUUCUGUCUAAGUUUCCUAAACUCCUGCGUGAACCCAGUGGCUCUAUACUGCGUGAGUGGCGUCUUCAGACAACAUUUCAACCGGUACCUGUGCUGCAGACGAGGAACUCUGCAUCCAACCUGCAGUUCCCGCCUAUCCAGAACCGCCAUCUGCGAGACCUCCUUCCGAAGCACUCAUCGACAUCGGUGUAAUAGCAAUCUUCUAAAGAAGAACGAGCUAUUGUCAGCUUAUAAUCGUCCCACUGCUGGGCACAGGCCUUCUUUCAUCAAUCGGAGGGGGUAUGGAGCAUACUCCACCACGCGGCUCCACUGCGAGUUGGUGGAGACUUUAUUUCUGAACCCUACAGAGAGCGUCGUUAUAUCCAACUACGACUACGGAAGUACUAAGAAGAAGAGCAACAUUAUAUCGAGGAACAGUACUGAUGGUGUUACCAUCAUGACCAUCAGAGACACGAAUGACUAUCUCACCGGGGAUGGUGAAGAAAAAUGCAUCAAUAGAUAGACUGCAGUGUAACAUGAAGGAAGGGUUCAGUUCAGAAAAGGAAGUGUGCACGGUAACAAAAGACAUUUUAAACUUUAACGUCGGUGUAUAUUAGGCUUUUUGUACAAUAGGUGUAAUGAUAAAGUAGAUAUUACUAAUUAAACACGUUUAUACGAGUAUAAUACAAAUGGUGUAGUAGUUUCAUAGAACCAUGUUACCAUCGACAAUACAAGCACGAUGUAACGUAACAUAAAUAGCUUAUAUACGUGCCACUGCUGGGUACAAGCCUCCCCUCAGUCAACCGAAUGGGGUAUGGUGGUUAAUCCAUCAUGCUGCUCCACGGCGGGACCACUGAAGCACGGAAUCGUCUUACUUUUCGGAUAAUCAGGUGAUUCAAGCGGACAAUGUCCUUACCAAACAAAGGACAGUCUUGCAAAGUGAUGUCGACAGUGUCCCCAUCGGGAACCAAACCCGGACCUCCAGAUCGUGAGCCCAACGCUCUAACCACUAGACCACGGAGGCUUUAAGGACGAUAUACGGUUCAUCAAUUCUAAUUAGUUGCCCGCCCAUCCCAUUAGGUAUUACUGAUUUUUGUAUAUAUUUGGUAUCAUUUUAUGUACGGCUGAUUUGAUGUCUUAUUCUCCAAUGAAAUUAUCUACAAUGUAUAUUAAGUAACUGUCUGGCAAGUAUAAACCUUCUUAUGUGUAGAAUUGCGUAGAUAUGCAUUUUAUUUUUGUAUUUUUAAGUGGCCUGGGGGAUUAAAACGGUCAUACGGGUCAAAUCAAUUCAUCUUUAAAAGCAAUAUUGCUAUUUGAAAUUUCUUGACAUUGCAUACUUAUUUUUACAUGCGCAAAUGUCAAAUAGCAAUAUUGUUUUUAGAUGUAUUGCGGGCUUCUAUGUGACGUUUUUAUCUCCCCUGAUUUGUCAAGUUUUUAAUGUGAACUUAUUACUACACAAUUUGAAUGCAUUCGUGUCAAAAUACGUAUAUUACAUUUACCUGAUCAAUUAAUUAAUUUAUUUAUAUAAAAGAGCUAAGCUCUGUUUCCUGUAAUAUAUAAAAACAGUUGUUUUUUUUUUAUUUGAAUGUUAUAAAGAAUUUACUAAUGUAAUUAAAAGUAUACAUUUAAUAAGACUUAAAUGUACAUAACUUAAUUCAACGAUACGGCUGCUAAUUUUUCUAGUCGAAAUCCAAAUAUUAGUAUAUGUAUAAAUACUAGGGUAUAUAAAACGAAUCUAAUUUGAAAGACCAAAGAAAGGAGAUGUUGUAUGUCUAAGAAAAAUAUAUGUAAUGUUGUCGUAAGUGUAAAAAUAGGCCUAAAAUAGCCUAAAUAUACUAUUUGAUAAUUCGAGGGUUAAACUAAAAGUUAAUUUAUGAGUCGACAAUCAAAAGAAAAUCGCUUAAUCAGUUGUUCAUCAUCACCAUUAAAAUAACUAAGUAUUUUUUUAUUAAAAAAAUAGGCUUGCGUUUCACCACAAUCUCACCUGAUGGUAAGUGAAGAUGUGACCUAUGGUGGUACACGCUUACCUACUAAAUGCUUAUUCACACUAGUUUUCAAGGAGAGUGAAUAAGCUGGGAGAAUGCGAUGGGGCGAGGUACUACUUUAUCGGCCCAGUUGUUCUAUAUUCUUUUCGUUUUCUUUAUUCUUUUUAAGUAAGUUUAAUUUAAAAAAAUGAAAAUUAUACUUACUUAAAAAUAAUAAAUUAGCAUUUAUAUCAUCCAAGGGACAUCAGAAUAUUCCAUCGAAUUAUAAAAUGGACUAUAUUUUAUAAUUAAGAGCGUUAUCUUUAAAAUGCUUUUGUAAUAAGAACCCUACAUGUUGUCAGGUCUGUAUCAUGGUACAGCAAAAGAAGGUACAUGCUCAAUCCUAAGAAGAGCCACCAUUACUAGCAGUUUGAUGGCGGAAGUGUUACCAUUAAAUUGGUAUUUCUAACAUUCCAAGGACUUAAAUUUUGUUAUUGAAAAUUAAGCGAAUUACUGACUAUUUAAUUACUAUCACAUAUAUACUUAUAUAAAAGUCAUUAAAACUAUAAUGAAAUCUUUAACUAAAAGUUCAAAAUUGCCUAGCAAAGUAAAUUAAAAACAUUACUCGUGGGUAGUUUAUUCUUUACAAAAUUACAAUGGAGCGUGAGAUGACGUCAACGCGGCUAACCCUGAAAUUUUAACUUUGAACUUUCGAGCAUACCUUGUUUUGUUGUACCAUGGUUUGUAUCACUGCUAGCAUCCUGUCGAAAAAAAAAACCUGUAUUAAGUACCUAUCGGUAAUAUGUAAGCACUCAAAAUUCCUGUCUGAAUUUUAUCAAA